AUGUCCAACGGCUACAGCGCUCUCCACUACGCGGCGCAAGGGGGCCACUCUGAUGUGGCGCGCACCCUGCUGGCAUCGGGCGUAUGCGCCAGCACCAACACCUGUCCUGACCAACAGCCGCUGCAGCUGGCGGCCACCAAAGGCCAUGUGGCAACCAUGCAAUUGCUGCUGGAGCAUGGCGCAUCGGCCGCUGGCGCCUGCGGGGAGGUGGCACUGCCGCUUGCGGCAAACAACGCUGUCCUGUUGCGCCUCCUGCUGCAGCGCGGCGCGCGCUUUGCGCCCGACGACCCCGCCGCCGGCAGCACGAUGUGCUUCGCGGCAACCUCUGGCAAUAUUGCCCUGGUGCAGCUGCUGCUGGACGCAGGGGUGCAGAUUGACGCCGAGGGUCCCAACGGGCAUCGCGCCCUGGUUGAAGUGAUGUGCUGCGAGCCGGGGUGCGCCCCCAUGGUCGCCGCCCUGCUGGACCGUGGCGCGUCCGUCGACGCAGCUGACGCGGACGGCUGGCAGGCGGUCCAUCACGCAGCUGCCCAUGGGCGGUCGGACGCCCUGCGCCUGCUGCUCAGCCGCGGGGCCAACCCCAACGCCGCCGCUGUGCCCGCAGCCGCCACCGGCGCCGGCGCCUCCGAUCCCGCCGCGGCCGCUGCGAUGGCGGAUGGUACCACCGCCCUGCACCUGGCAGCACAACGCGGGCUGACGGAAAUUCUGCAGGCGCUUCUCGACGCCGGAGCGGCCCCGAACACCGCCGACACAAAUGGCUGGACCGCCGCCCACUUUGCAGCCUCGUGUGCUGAGAGUGAAGCGCUGCUCGUCCUGCUGCAGCGCGGCGCCGAUGUCAACGUAGCAGCCACCAGUGGGGAGGUCCCCCUUCAAAUGGCGGCAGCGGCGGGCGACGAAGCGAGCGCCCAGGUCCUGCUGGACGCCGGCGCCCUGGUCGACGCCGCCGACAUGGAGGGCUUGCAGGCGCUCCACCACGCCGCUGCAGCUGAGGAAUAUUAUGACCAAGUCAACAUGGCCGUCAUGCUGCUGGACCGCGGUGCGUCCCCGGAGGCAACCACGCGCAGCGGCCGCACGGCGCUGCACUUUGCGGCCGAGGUGGAAAACUGUGUGCUGCUGGAGACGCUACUGGACCGCGGCGCUGACGUGGGUGCGCAGGACAACAAUGGGCUGCAGCCGCUGCACCUCGCGGCCGCCUGCCGGGAUGUUGAGGCGGCGUUGGAGGAGACGCGGCGCGCGCUCGAGGAGGAGCGGCGCGCGCUGCCGCUGGGCCUGGCGGCGCUCAUCACGGGCGCGGCGGCGGAGAUGAGGCGCCUCGACGCCAGCAGGGCCCGCUUCGACGCCGAGCGCGCAGAGGCCGAGCGCUUGGCCGCUGCCCAGGCUCAGCGGCUGCAGCGGGCGACGGCAGCGGCGGACGCAGCGGAGGCGCGCGAAAGGUCCCUCGUGGCGCUCGCGCACGAUUUGGCCAAAAAGGAGACGGCGCGGGUGGACCGAGACGUCGUGGAGGGCGCGCGCCUUGAGGAGGAGCGGCUGCUGCGCCCGGCCACGGCCGGGGUCGACGCGGAGGAGGUGCGCCCGCGGGCGGCGCUGGCGGAGGAGUGGGAGCGCCUGCGGCGGCUGCGAGCCUUGGCUGACGACGAGGCGGGGCGGCUGCGGCGGCUGCGGGACGAGGUGUCCCGGGGCUCCACAAGAAAGCGACUGCGCAGGGGCGAUUAG